GGACACUGCCCAGCUGCUGCUCUGCUCCUGUCUCCCAUCCCUUCCCCUGGCCAUGACAGAGACCCGUGAGCCUGCUGAGACUGGGGGCUACGCCAGCUUGGAAGAAGAUGAUGAGGACCUUUCUCCAGGCCCCGAGCAUUCCUCUGACUCCGAAUACACUCUCUCUGAGCCGGACUCCGAAGAGGAUGAGGAGGAGGAGGAAGAAGAAGAGGAGACCACUGAUGAUCCCGAAUAUGACCCUGGCUACAAGGUGAAGCAGCGCCUGGGGGGGGGCCGGGGGGGCCCAUCCCGCCGGGCCCCCCGCGCAGCCCAGCUCCCGGGCCCCCCAGCCCAGCCCUGCCAGCUCUGUGGCCGUUCACCCCUUGGGGAGGCCCCGCCAGGCACCCCACCUUGCCGGCUCUGCGGCCCCGCUACAGCCCCCCAGGAAGCACCAGCCCCUGACAGCAGGGCUCUCGGGGAGGAAGCGGAGGAGCCACCUCGGGCUGGGGAGGGCCGGCCAACCGGGAGGGAGGAGGAGGAGGAGGAGGAGGAGGAGGGCACCUACCACUGCACGGAGUGCGAGGAUUCCUUCGACAACCUGGGGGAGCUGCAUGGGCACUUCAUGCUGCAUGCCCGGGGUGAGGUGUAGGCAGAGCCCCCCCCAGGGAGCUUGCAGGGGGGGUGGGGUGGGGGUGGGAGGAGGGGUUGAGGACAUUGGGUGGUCCAAGUAGUCCUGGGGACGGGGUGCCGCCGAUCUGUGUUGUCUUAGCAGUAGAUGUGUGAAGGCCAGAAUAAAAGCCGAAUUCUGUGUG